AAUGCCAGCAACAAUAAAAGUUAAGAAGGUAAAACCAACAAGCAGCAGACAAUAUAGAACUAGAUCUGCAUGCAAAAAGCCUUCAAAAACAAAUGAAAAAAUUGAGGAUGAUGUGGACGCCAAAAAGAUUGAGGACUUGAAACUUGCUGCCAGUCUGGUCAACUGGUCGAGUUAUGACAAAUUGAUGGGGAAGAUCUUUUAUGAUAAAGUUGGCAAGAUUCUUGAGAAAAAAGUGGAUGAUUUUCAGAAGGUUAAGACUGAGCUGAAAACUUUUGUGCGGGAAAACUAUGACAAUCAAAAGGCUUUGCAAACGCCACGAAGGGCCAAGCCCGCGACUGCUCUGCUUGAACAAAUUAGCAAAUUCAAGCAAUUGAAUUUUGAUUCGGAUGAUGAAGAUAUGGACGAUACGACACUUUUGGAUCAGCCUGAGAAUUUAAAAGAGAAUGAAGAAGAGCAGGUCGAGCAAGAGCCUCAUUUAAAAGAGAAUGAAGAACAACAAGCAGAGAAAGAGCCUCCAACUGAUCUAACUGUCGAAGGACAUAUUCUUGAAGAACAAUAUCCUGCUAAUGAAGAAGAAAUGGAACAAGAGCCUUCACAAGAACAGAUGGAAGAAGCGCCUCCUAUGAAUACUUCUGCUGGAGUUUUGGAGGAAGCGCCUCCUAUCAAUACUUCAUCUGCUGGAGUUUUGGAGGAGGCGCCUCCAAAUGAUCCGGAAUCUUUUGUGGAGCAAGAAAAGGAAAUUUUAUAUGUGCCAGAAACUCCUUUUGCGUCUCGCGUUCCUAUCAAUACUUCAUCUACUGGGGUUUUGACAACUCCAAUUACUCCAUACAGUCCAAAGUUGAAGAUGCUGGGUACUCCACAUGGAAUCGUUAGCAACUCUAAACCUGCUGUUAGUUCAAUGAGUAAGUUGGCCAUUACAAAGGAGAUAGUCAAACCUACACAACCAAUUCAAAUGCCACCUAUCAUUCGUCUCACUCAAAAUACUUUUGCUACUCCCAAGAAGACUCAGCCGUUCAUUCCAACAAAGACGCCAGCGAAGACGCCGGCAGCUCUAAAUACAACAUUUCAAAAGGUUCAAAAAUUGAAACAAAUCGACGAAAAAGCUGAUCAGGCAAAGAGAACGCGUGAGGAUUUGUUGAGAGAAAGGGCCGAUCGUGCAAAGAGAGAGCGGGAGGAGCGUGAGAAGCGAGUCGAACAAAAUAAUCGGAAGAAGGAAGAAGCUAGACUUGAACGUGAGAACACUUUGCGAAGACAUUUGGAGGCUGUUAAGGAAUUUCAGAAUAAAGAAAAACAGGCUGCGUUUCAAAAUUAUGCCAGUCCAAUUGUUCAAGGUCGCAUGUUUCAACCUUUGAGUGCGCAAAGUAAGAAGGCAUAUAAAACACCUAAUGUGAAGAGUAUUCCUGCAACUGAAGUUAAAUCAAAAGAAGCUCAUCGAGAACAUAAUACUGCUAUCAAAAAGUUCAUUAAAACGCCAAUUCCUCAGUUUACAUUAGAAGAAGAAUGUUUAGUCCAAGCUAAAAAUACGCCAACAUCAUCUUCUGUUGUUGCCGUAAAGACUGUUGCUGUUAAGGAAUUUUAUCUGGACGAAAAAGAAAAUACUAAAAUUAUUGAGAAUGAGUUUAUGUCAGAAGAACAUUUGGAGGACGAACGUGAUGAUAUGACUGGCAUUGAUUUGGAGCAAAUUAGUAUGUAUGAUAUGACAAAAGAAAAAGAAUUUUUGCCGAGUACUGAAAACGACUAUAAUGUGGAUGAUUUGUCAUCUGGUGAUGAAACUGAUAAUGAUGAACAGCCACGAAAGAUUGUUCCAAGAUGGGCAUUGAAAGAAAAUAUUUUGGCACGUACACAACAAAUUCAUCGUCUGCUAACUAAAGAUCAAAUUGAGCGUCAUUUUGGAAGGAUUCAACAGCCUACAGCUCAGGAAUUAUUUAAGGGAUACAAAAAGAAUUAUCCUCCACGACGUGCUUCCUCAUCCCAAUGGAGUUCGCCAAUGUCUGAUCCACCUCCUGGUGUUGGUCUCUAUCAAUGUCAAUUCGCUACCCCAUCAACUUCUAAAGUCAAUUGCAAGAAGCAACAAUUUUUAAACAAAAAAUUUAGCUCCAUGUCUUCAGAAGAUCAAGAUAUUUCAAGGAUUUUUUCACAAAAAGUUGAACGCCGAUUUCAGCGAGAUUUUGGACGAUUUAUUGGUGGGAGUCAUCAUUCUAGUAGAUAUACAUCAACUCCAAACGAACUUAAAAGAAUUACACAAAGCACAGACAAUUCUUUGAAUGUUAAGUUAAUUGAAGCUAAAGAAGAAAUUGAUUCUCUUCAACGAAAGUUGAGUUCUAAAAAUGAAGAAAUUGAACGGUUAAAAGCUGUUGAAAAUACUUCUAAAGCAAAAAUUGAAGAAUUAAAUAUUCAAUUGAAUGAAUUAAAGAUGGAAAUUGAUAAAGGAAAACGAAAAAGUUUUGAUUUUAGCGAAGACAAGUCAAAAGAGAAGUUGCUUCUAAGCGAUUAUCGAAAUGCUUUGUCAAAAUACAGAACUUGGACGGAAUUUGCUGACAAACAAUUAAAUGAAAUGAAAGUUAUUUUGAAAGAAAUUGGUGGAUGGACAGAAGCAAAUCGUUAUAGAAUUUAUUUUGCUUAUAGAGGAAUUGCUCCAGAAAUGGUUACUGAUGAGUCUGUCGCUUCACUCUCAACUGGAUCAAUUAUCAACUAUCCAGGAAAUAUUGAAAAUAUUGAGGGAAUAACGGCUUCAGAAUACCGACCAAGAUUUCACUGCGUAUCUACACAAACUGAGGGAAUUUCUCCUUCGGAGGAAAACAAAUUUGCAAAACCUUUGCCUCCACAAAGUUCUUCUAGUGAAGGUAUGUCUGCAAAUGAAUUACGACUUCUCGACUGUGAACGUCAAAUUGAACAACUUGAAAUUCAGAAUGCACAAAUGCGUGAACAAUUGAUUAUUUUUGGGGAUCGUGCUAAAAAUGUAGAAUUGUUGGAAGAACAAAAAGAUGACUUAAAAUUGCAACUUUCAAUACUUGUUCGACAGAAUCAAAAAUUACUUGAUGAACAAGAGCAAUUUAAAUCAGCAUUUUCUGGUGGAGAAGAACAACUUAGAUUAAAAAAUGAGCAUCUAACAAAAAGAUUGAAGAUUUUAGAAGAUCAACGAGAAGGUUUAAGUUUGGCAGAAUCUCGACGUAUUGCAAAAAUUUUUAAACAGAAAUAUGAAAAGGAAAUGGCACAACUUCGAAAUAAACUUGAAGAAUAUGAGAAAGGUUCUGAUACAACAAGAAUUUGUCGUUUUGUUCAACGCAAUCCUUUGGAUGAAGCACAUGACGACCAUUUAGUUAAACAAGUAGCUGCUGAGGCUACUGCUGCUGCGAAGUUUGGUGUAAAUUCUUUGAAGAGACGCAAAAUGGAAGACGAUAUUGAUUCUUCUCAACCUGCAAAUAAUUCUGAUUUAACAUUUUUGGUUGAAGAGGAAGAAAACGAAGAAGAUCCUUCUACAAUUCGUGAACUUCGUCUUCAAUUAGCAAAUGUCAAAACUUUGGUUGAACAAAAUGAACAAAGCAAUUCUGAAUAUUUGGCUCAAUACAAAGAAUUUGUUAAACUUUUGUGUGGUUAUGAUAUCCGUUUUGGAGAAGAUGGUUUUUGUGAAGCUGAAAAUAUUCUUUCAAAAGAUUGUACUUUUCUUUUUCAAAAACAACAAAUUCCAUUAGAUGUUGAAUGUACUAGUAGUACACAAACAACUGGGGCAGGUAUUGAUCUUUUGGAUAGUGAAAGUGCUCGACAAUGGAAGGAUGUUUUGGAGAAUUAUUUGAUUCGUUAUCAAUCAAUUCCGGCAUUUCUCUCGGCUGUUACAAUUGCUUUGGUUGAAUCACCAGAGACUCCAGUUUCUUCUUCAAGACAAUCAUCAAUCGAAGAAAUUACUUCUUCGCAUAAUUCAAAUAUUGAUGAUGAAUAA